AUGUAUCCCUUUGAAAGAUUCAUGGGUGAUUCAAAGCGAUCAGUGAAAAAUAAAGCUAAAGUUGAAGGAUCAAUAUGUGCACAUUAUUUGCAUCGGGAAACAUCACAUUUUUGCAGUCAUUAUUUCAAUCAUUUGAUGUUAACUCCAAGAAUCAUAAGGAAUGAAUUUGAUGUUAACAAAAGAAGUCAGUUUACCUUGUCAAUCUUCGGUCUUCCUGGUCGCCCCUCUGGAAAGGAGAAUGUGCAUUGGCUGACCCAAAAAGAAUUGCAAUCUGCACACGUUCAUGUUCUUAUUAACUGUAUUGAAGUUAGGCCAUAUCUUGAGGCAUUUAACGCCUCCUAUUUUCAAAGCACCGGUGAACAAGUAACUACCGGUCAAAUACAUGCAUCUUUUCCAGCAUGGUUCAAGGAUCAAUUGUCAUGCAUUGUUGCAUCGACUCAAGAAAUACUUCAUUUGCGUAACUUAUCUAGAGGGCAUGUUCAAAGAGCAAUUGAAUGGCACACAUACUUUGUAAACGGCUAUAAAUUUCACACCCAAACGUGGACAGAAGGGAAAAAAACCAUAAAUAGUGGUGUAUUUGUUAAAGGAGUUACAAAUGGUGGUGAAGACGACUUCUAUGGCGUUGUUACGCAUAUUUACGAGUUGGCAUACAAUUACUUGGACUCGGAAAAUAGAGUUGUCUUGUUUUAUUGUGAUUUGAUCCAUCUUCCAGGGGCACAAAAAUAG